GUCCUUUUGAAGAAAUUCAGAAAAUACUUAGAACAAGUUAUGGUGGUUUGACAAAUCGUGAGCAACAAGUUUUCCUUGACAUUGCAUUCUUUUUCAAGGGUAAAGAUAUGGACUAUGUGAUUCAAGCACUAAAAUGUCACAAGCUUGACUCUCCUGAGAAUUGUAUUCAAGAGCUCGUAGAGAAUGCCAUCAUAACUAUUGAAGACAAUAGGAUUUUGAUGCACGACUUACUUGAACAAAUGGGUAAGGAUAUAGUUCAUGAAAAGUCUCCCAAUGAGCCUGGUAGACGUAACAGAUUGUGUUGUUAGGAGGAUGUGCACGAGGUUCUAACCGAAAAUACUGUAAGUAGAAUAUGCAUAUGUAUCUACACAUAUUCUUAUAUUCUAAGCAGUACUUGUAUUUUUAUUCUAUAUAUGACGGCCUUAAUACUACAGGGGACGAAUGAAGUUAAAGGCAUCGUAGUAAAUUUUCAUGAAGAUGAUGACAUACCUUUGAAUGCAGACAGCUUCUCAGGCAUGAAAAACCUUGAAAUUUUUAUAAACAAGCAUGGGACUCUUUCUGGAGAUACCCUUAAUUAUCUCUCCAACAAGUUGAGAGUGAUUGAGUGGAACAACUGUCAAUUGCAAUAUUUGCCAUCAUAUUUUCAUCCAAAGGAACUUGUUGUAUUCGAUAUGCGUUGGAGUCGCAUCAGACAAUUGGGGAAGGGGUUUAAGAAUUUGGCAAAGCUGACAUCUCUAAAUUUAAGAGACUCUGGAUUCCUAGAAAAAAUCCCUGACUUUUCCGGAAUGGAAAACCUAAAGUACUUGAAGGUAACUGAUUGUACAAGUUUAAUUGAAGUUUAUCCUUCUGUUGGAUUUCUCGAUAAGCUUGUUACAUUGGAUUUUUCACAAUGA